AUGUCCAAAAAGCAAGCUAAGGACUUUAAAAAAGGCGUUCUCGCCUUACAACAAAAAAGGGAUGUCCGGCUCCGAACCUUAGACACGGAAUUCGGGACUGCAACGGCAGUUCUCGAAAACGCAGAUAUCAGUGAAGAUGAUAUUGCCGAAGUGGAGGGACAUCUCGAGGAGAUGAACUAUCUGUACCAGACGAUAGUUGAAAUGAACGAACAAAUUGAGAAGCAACUAACCGACCUGAAAGAUAGUGACGCCAUCGACAAGGAAAUUACCGACAGCAGCGCAAUUCGCAGUCAAACUGAGCUAAUAAAACUGCUGAAGGUCAAGAAUUCGUUAGCUCGACAAACAAAACGGAAUACGACUUCGAGCCCAGAUGUCACAACCGAAAGAAGGAAGAAUAGGACCGCCCAGUUGCCGAAGCUAAAAUUACCGAUAUUUGAUGGUAAAUUCAUGGCGUGGACAGCAUUCUGGGACGCCAUCGAGGCUGACGUCAUCAAAGGAGACUACGCGGACAUUACAAAAUUCAAUUACAUAAUAGGACAACUCACAGGGAACGCCAAGGAUGCUAUCACCGGACUACACCCGUCCGGAGAAAACCUACCAGCUCUCAUCCAACUAUUGAAAGACAGAUUCAGUCAACCAAGGAAAAUAACGAGAGCUUACGUCUACAACCUCCUUGAUAUAACUCCGCCAGGGGGUCACUACGCCAGCCUCUGGGAAUUUCACAACAAGAUUCUUGGUGACAUACGGUCACUUGAAAAUAUGGAUGUAUCAAUAGAACAAUGUGCAACAUUUAUAGUUCCUGUCAUUGAAAGAAAAUUACCAAAAUUUCUGCGCGAGAAGAUCGGUACCGCUGGUCAAGGAGACCGUUACCAGGUUAAAAAAUUCAUGGAUCGAUUCACUGAGGAAUUAGAAAAUAUAAGCGAAAGAAUGGAUACACCAACGACAGCAACGCAGCAGAGGAAUAAUUCUCACGCAGGAAAUAACAGGAUCUCCGUGGAAUCGUUCGUGAGUGUGCCGAAUACUACUUAUACUAAACCACCGCCGCAAAACUACAACCGACCAAAAGUGUGCCCUUUCUGUGCAGGACCGCAUAACCCUUUCGAGUGCAAACUACCAGCGCAUGAAAAGUUCAUUGCCGUGCGUCAACAUAAACUUUGCUCAAACUGCCUCGGACCGCAUUUCUACCGGGAAUGUCAAAAUCAAAAAAGAUGCCGCACAUGCGACCGGUUUCAUCACACCAGUCUGCAUGAAUAUUUCGCCAAUUUAUCCAGAAUAAACCCGCCUCAAAAUAAUUCUCAACAACACGCAACUAGUGGCUGUGCCAUUGCGCCACAAAGUCAUUGCACCGCUACCGUUAGAAAGGAACAACCGCCAAUCGCAAAGUCAACCGCGGACCUUACUAGGCUGAGGAUCAGGGAGAAUCUAGACUAUUACGAACAGUAA